GCUGAACACUCUUAUUUGUGACUCCGGCACGGAUGAACGUGCGGCGCGUAGUUGGCUCUUCGUCUUUGUAGGUUUUGGCUGUUUCCCGCCCAACAAAAAAAAAAAAAUAAAAUAAAAAAACAAAUCAAAUUAAUAUGAAAUAAUUUGAAAUUUCAUAACUAGGCAAAGACGACAACAAUUACAAUUAUAGUUACCAAAAAUAAGCAGAAACCACAAAAUUCCGGUCGGACUAAUUUAACAAAAAAAAAAUAAAAACAACAAAAAACAAAUAGAGAGUACCAAAAAUCAAUUACAAGUGCAAAAAAAUAAAAAUAAAAUAUUUCUUUAACUCGGACACGCCACUAAAAAUAAGCAGAAAUACAAAAUUCUAGACAUUUCUCAAAAUUCUUUCAAUUCCUACGACUAACUCGACUGCAAGUCUGCGAGCAAAGCUUCUCUGCUCAGAAAAAGUGAAUGUGAAGUUACGACAAAAAAAAAAACAAAUAAUAAUAAUAAAUACCGCUACAAGUUGAGACAAUUGUUAGCUCCAAUUGCGAGUGGCUUCCUCGUGCGAGUGUGUGUAUGUGCGUGUGUCUCAAGUACAACGGUGCAAGAGAAUAGACGGAGCAGAGCAAUAGAUGCAGCUUCUUCGCUCUUACGAUUCGCUGCUGCAAGCAUCAUAGAAGCAGCUUCAAAGGGAGCAGCAAGAAUUACACUACGCGGCGGCUCAACGUAAAAGUUUUAGUGUGAAUACUAUUAUUACUUAUAUAUAUAUAUUUUUUUUGUCUUGCUAGCAGUCAAUUUACACUGCUAAUACUUUUUUUCGGGUGUCUAUAUUUUUUUUUCUGCUGUUCUGUUACGACAAUUUCAAGUGUGCAAAAAAAAAAAAUAAAAAAGAAAGAAAGAAAGGAAAAAUAAAAGGCGGAAGCAACAGUUACAAAUCUGGAUUAAAUAUUUAAUUUCCUCUACGGAACAUAUACGCAGUUACGCUUGCAGCUGAAAAACUGUGCUACAUCAGGACACCAAGACCAUUUGCCAACCCGGACAAGAUUAUUAAAUAAACCAGUCGAAAGAUGACGACCGUUUGCAAUGGGGGCAUUAUGACGGGCUGCGACUACGACUAUGACGAUUGCCCCACCCUUGACGACAUCGAGUUGAAUGAUCUACUUGACUGCGGCAUGCCCAACUUGAAUGAUCUGGCCGACAGGCUGCCCAGCAUACAGAACGAUGUGGAGCGGAUCGCGGCCAAUCGGACGCACUCGCUGAGCAUCUCGCACCACGACGAUUUCGGGGAUCUGGACAUUAAGCCCGAGAUACGCAAUGUGGACUGCAUGUGGUCCGUGUUCGCCAGCAACAUGGCCAAUUGCAUUGGCGCCAGCAGCAACAGCAGCAUACUCAGCAACAAACACAGCAGCAGCAGCAGCAGCAACAACAACAGCAGCAGCAACAACAGCAGCAGCAACAGCAGCAGCAACAACAACAACAACAACAGCAAUUCGGCUGCGUCCAGUUAUAGCGAGAGCAGCGCUGUGCCGCCAGCCUUUGUUACGGGCAACACGCUGUUAAUUAAACGCGAACCGGAGGAAGAGGAAGAGGAGGAGGAGGAGGAGCAGGAGCAGCAAACGAACCAGCGGAACAGCAGCAACAACAACAGCAGCAACAGUAGAAAGUUCAACAGCAACAGUUGCAGGUCAACUGUCAAAGCGACAACAGCAACAACAGCAGCAGCAACAACAGCAACAGCAACAAUUGCGAUACCAAGUCGAGUGCUCCACAUUGAACCGUAUAUACCGCCGGGCACUUCGCUGCUGCGCAAGAGCAAUACGCAGCACAAGCAGCAGCAACUGUUGCAACAACAGCAGCAGCAACGUCUUAUCAAUAUGGCCACAGCCAACAACAGCAGCAACUGCUUUGUGCUGCCGGAUGAUGAGAUGCUGCCGGAAUUCCGUCACAAUGUGGAUCUGCGCGCCUGCGUCAUGGGCAGCAACAAUAUUGCGCUGACGAGCAGCGCCGAUGCCAUCGAUCAUCUCAGCCGGGAGCUGCAGAAUACGAGCAAGGAGCGCAUCGAUCUGCCUUAUCGGCUCUCGACUGCGCCGCAGUUCAGCGAUGUGCUUGAGGUGCUCAAUCAGCAAUCGGAGCAGUCGGCAGCAGCAAAGGCGGCAGCAGCAGCAGCAGCAGCAGCGUCAGCAGCAGCAGCAGCAACAGUUGUCACACUGUCGCCGCCGGCAACGAAUGCGACCAGUUCCGAUUGUGAUUCAGACGAUGGCGAUUGCUCCAUGCGUAAUUCCAGCUGCGGCUCGGCUGCCUCGAUCGAUUGCAACUAUAUGCGGCACAUAAGCGAUCACAGUUAUACGCGCUGCAACGAGAUGGAGACUAAUCUGGACACGCCCUCUGAUUCUGAUGAGGAAAUCGAUGUUGUCUCGCUCAAUGACAAGAAAUUGCCCACAAAUCCAUCGGAUCGUGAUCGACGCGCUCUGCAAACGAAUAUCGCCUACAAAAUCUCGAGUGAUGCCCGAAUCCUACAAUCGAAACGAUUCGAUCUACCCUAUACGCCGGCCAGCAGCAGUCCGGUCAAGUCCGUAGUCAAUUCGCGCUACGCCUCGCCAUCGAGCACGCCCUAUCAGGGCGCUGGCGCUGUGCCGGCCAGCUACUCGCCCGAAAGCCUCUCCCAGAGCAGCAGCAGCAGCAGCAGCAGCAGUAGCAGCAGCAGUAGCAUCAUCAGCGACUGCACAACGCCGCCGGCAACGAUGCUGGAUGGCAAGGGGCGCAAGCCCUACUACAUGUCCGACUGCACGUCGAGGAUGUAUUCGAACAAGCGCAGCAAUAUGAUCAGCCUGGUCGCGGCGAAGAAGAGUCGCGUGAAGAAGGUGAACGCUGGCUACGCUCAGCGCCCGUCCAAGUUCCAUGAUUUGGAUGACAAGAGCCCGCUCGACUCGAUUGUCACAGGCGGCUCCGGCUCUGGCUCCGGCUCUGGCUCCGGCUCUGGCACUGGCAUUGCGAAUCCGAGUUCCAGUGCGAACAGAUACAGCAACAAUGGCAACAACAGCAGCAACAUGCUGAAGCGCCAGCUCAGCAUAGACGAGGCGGACACGAUCGAGAAGCGCAAUCUGCACAACGAUAUGGAACGUCAGCGGCGCAUCGGGCUCAAGAAUCUGUUCGAGGCGCUGAAGACGCAGAUACCCAAUAUACGGGACAAGGAGCGUGCACCCAAGGUCAACAUAUUGCGCGAGGCGGCCAAGCUCUGCGAGCAUCUCACCAGCGAGGAGCGCGACCUCAGCCUCAAGCGCCAGCUCCUGAAGGCGAAGCUCAAGCAGCAGCAGGAGCUGCUCGCCCGACUGCGUCUGAGCAAGAGUGCAGCUGAAUGAUGAUAGCGGUAGCCGUAAGUGGUGGGUAAAGGGUAAACGGGGGGUGAUCAUCAUUGUGGAUAUGGUUGGGGGAAAGCCGUCGAGGGGGGGAGGGCAAAUAAAUAAGGAGGGACAUAAGGUUACAACGCGUUUGCAAGCGAUCCCGGCCCACAUGAAUAUAUAUACAUAUAUAUAUUGAAAGAAAGAAGAAAAGGUAGAGGAUAAGGAUAAGGAAAAGGAUAAGGAAAAGAGGAAAAGCAAAAUAACCGAUAUGAUGAUGAUGAUGAUGAUGAUGAUGAUGACCAUAUGAAAAAGUGUUGCACACAAAAGUUACACGAUAA